CAAAAAGCCAGUUGGCUCAGCUGUCUCCUAUACUAGGUUCAGAUGGACUCGUACGAGUAGGAGGAAGGCUCAAACACGCUCCUGUAAAUGAUUCAUUAGACCUGUCGCACCAUCCUGUGAUCCUUCCAAAGAACCACCAUGUUUCGUCACUUAUUAUUCAUCAUUUUCAUGAAAGUAUACACCAUCAAGGCCGACAGUUGACGGAAGGGGCCAUCCGUGCCGGAGGCUAUUGGAUUAUUAGUGCAAAACGUUCUAUUUCAACUCUCAUCAACAAGUGCAUAAUUUGUAAGAAGCUCAGAGGAAAACUUGAAUGGCAACAAAUGUCCGAUCUCCCAACAGAUCGACUUAGCCCAUGUCCACCAUUCUCUUAUGUCGGCGUGGACACAUUCGGUCCAUGGUCCGUCGUAUUUCGUAAAACUAGAGGAGGCUCAGCCAACCAGAAACGUUGGGCGUUACUGUUUACAUGCAUGACCACACGCGCUGUGCAUAUCGAAGUGAUAGAAGACAUGUCAACCUCGUCUUUCAUCAACGCUAUGAGACGCGUAAUUGCAGUUAGAGGUCCUAUCAUACAAUUUCGUUCUGAUCGAGGAACUAAUUUCAUUGGAGCAACAUCAGAGCUCAAUAUUGACCCUGAAUUUGUCGAAAAAGGACCAAUCAAGGAAUUCUUACUGAAAUCCGGAACUACCUGGAAAUUCAAUCCACCAUAUGCACAUCAUAUGGGCGGCUCAUGGGAGAGACUUAUCGGUGUUUCUCGUCGGAUACUCGACGGCUUGUUAUUGGAAAACAAAAGUAGGACAAUUACACACGAAGUGCUUGUUACUCUCAUGGCUGAAGUUAUGGCCAUCAUAAACAAUAGACCGUUACUACCAGUUUCGACUGAUCCAGAGUGUCCCAGUAUUUUGAGUCCGUCGUCACUUCUUACGAUGAAAACUUCACCAGACGUGAAUCCGUUUCCUUUAUUCGGUCCAAAGGAUAUGUUGAAAGCUCAAUGGAAAUGCGCACAAGGAUUAGCAGAAGAGUUUUGGCGUAGAUGGAAAUCCGAAUAUCUUCAUGAACUUCAGAUUCGUACAAAGUGGCAAACUGACCGUCGUAAUCUACAAGUUGGUGACUUAAUUCUCAUGAAAGAUCAGGAUGCGCCACGUAAUUCAUGGCCCGUAGGACUUGUGGACAGGGUAUUUCCAAGCUCGGAUGGCAAAAUUCGUAAAGUGGAAGUCGCCAUAGUCAAAGACGGAAAGCGCACAACUUAUUCCAGACCAAUUACCGAAUUGGUUACUCUCCUUGAAGCUGACUGACUAUAAUAGUGACAUUGUGUUUUAUUCAAUCACAUUUAAUACACGAACAAUUAGUAUAACAUUGUUAGGGAAACACAUGUUAAUUUGUCAUAUGACAUUAUCUUUUAAUUUUGAAAAUGUAGUGAUUUCAUAAAGAAAUCAGAGGAGGAGUGUACUGUUUUGACUAAGUGCCGAAUUGACCAUGUCGUCCCUUUCUUAUCAUUUCAUUCCCCAGUCUCAUCAAUCCCUCGAUUAUUGUCAAAACUGAAACACGUUGUUUUUCUACUUGGAAGUUUUAUCCACCACUAGAUUUUUCACCCUCUCCGGGGGUCUGUAUACCAAUAAACUGUUGAUCUCUCAA